AUGGCUACCCUCAGAGUAUCAGCCGUCAUGUUCAGCCCAAACCUUUCUUUACUAGGCAAUCUAGGAGGCGUGAAGAGUCUGUACGACGAGCCCUCUGGGAGGACUAAGGCAGUUGAGCAGUUUAGGAUUCCUCGGCCCGAUCCAAUAUCAUUCCCCUCUGCCGAGACCCCAUCUGGUUUUGCAGCCGAGAGCGUGUUCGGGCCCUCGCAACGCCUAUCCAAGUGGCGAUGUCUGAUUCCGAUUUCAACCUCCUUCUUUAUCUUCACUAGAACAAAUUCAACUCCGUUCACGCAAGGUCAUGGCCAGACCAGGUCAGGCGUCCUCCUGCAAUCCGAUCUCGUCAUCUCUGAGUCUCAUAACGCCCACUCGCCACAAGUGGUGAUAUUUAAGGUCUACUCCGACCUCUUCCUCCUCCACACCAACAUAACUUCAACGCCUCCCAGACAAGGUCAUGACCGGAGCGGGUCGGCCAUCCUCCCUGCUAGCGGUGGUAACUUGAAGUAUUAUCUCACAUAG